ACGAAUCGAACAUUGUUGUUUCGUCUCUGCAGAAUUUCGAUUCGAUCUUCGCAUCUCACAUAAUUUUCCCAUUUUUUUUUUAUCUUUGGAGUUCAAAUCCGUAUUUUCUCCACAUAAAUCUUCCUCCGUUUCCGGAUUUCUCCGAGGGUCUUCGAUCUUUGCGUCGUGUGAGAUCGUGAGCGAGGGGGGACCCUGGAAGGGAGGAAUUUUGGGGGAUUUCGGGAGCCCUAGGGAGCGAUGAUAACGAGGUCGAAUCUAGCAGAGCAGCUGAGAGAAUACCAGAUUCGAUCGAAGCAUGAUUGGGCUUCCGUCUCCUUCUUCUCAUCGACAUCGAAUUUCUCUUCUUCUAGGGUGGAUGUGGUGGUAUUUGUGAUAUGGGAACUAGUCAUCUUAGCAUUCUUGGUGUUUUCAGCGGUUUCCUUGUACUUUAGGAGGUUGCAACUCGCUUUCAUCCUCGUCUGUAUCACCCUCCUUCUUCUCGUCUGCAUGAAGAUCACUAAGCAAGUCAGAUUAGCCCGCAAAAAGAAGCGAAGGAUGCUUCUUCCUCUAUCUAUGUAAGUCCAACCACGAAAUUUCCAAACCCUUUUUUUUAUCUCUUUUUCUUUUUACCGUAAACCACCCGAACCCCCCUGGUUGAGCUUUGUACCCGUUUGCACGAAUGUAAACAACGAAGACUAAAGAAUGCUCUGCUCUCGGUAUCUUCACUAUAUGCCCAUCGAAGAACAGAAGAAGAGAGAGAGGCUGAAACCACAUCCGGGCAACCAUAGGGGCUCAGAAGAGUUUCCUAUCUCUUGUUAGUGUUUCACUGUGAUCGGAUUUGGUUCGGACACUAGAGUUUUGUCUGAAGGCUGUUUUAAUCUCUAAUGUGGUUUGUGAAAUUUUAGUUGGUUCUUCAUAGAUAUUGAAAAGGGUAAAAAAAUUCGAAACUUUCAUCGAAUACUCCUGCUACAGCGGUACGGACACCAGUUUGAUGGUGGUGAUGAUGCUCUUUCGAUUUGUUUCUCUUCCUUUUAUUUUAA